AUGCAGCUUCCAUUGCUCACUGCUGAUCUUCCGGAGGGAUGGGGGCUUCCUAGUUUCUUAGCUGCCAUAGUGCAGAUUGCCUGUGUAGGCCCUCUUGUUUAUACAAUUCUCCACAAGGGAUGCCAAUCUAUAUCUCUUCCAACUGCACACCUUAUUACAGCUUUUCUGGUCUUUGCCUGUGCUUGCCAGUUCGGUCUGGUUUUCAUGUGGUGGUGGACAAUACAAAUCGGAAGUGGAGAAUACUCGAUUGCUUUGUACCUACUUCUGUUUGGGUUGGCCCUCGUCAAUGCCACUUCCAACGUAUUAUUCAUGCCGUUUAUGGCACGGUUUCACCAUGCUUACCUCAACGCAUAUUUUGUAGGCAUGGGUUUGAGUUCGCUUAUUCCAAGCCUGCUAUCCCUAGUUCAAGGAGCUGGAAAGUACGACUGUGAAGGGGCAGUACCAUUAUUUUCGCCUCCACGUUUCCAAGCGUCAGCCUUCUUUUUUGUGAUUUUUGUUUGGACUGUUGUCGCUAUGUUGUCAUUCGAGAUUUUUCGUAGAAGUGAUGGACAUAACAGCACGGUAAUCACAGCAAAAGAUGCUGUUCAUGAAGGAACUCCAUUGCGUGCGGUAAAGUCGAAAAGCGACGAAGAACUGCAGGUUGGCGAGGACAGUGAAGAAUUGAACACAAAGGUGGAAGUAACAUCAUCGCCUCCCACAAAAUUGCACAUAACUGCUACAAAUUAUGCUGUUAUUCUUAUUGAAACUGCUGUUGUAAAUGCUCUAAUGAAUGGAGUCAUUCCUAGUGUUCAAAGCUAUUCUGCGUUACCCUAUUCUCAGGCAACCUACCAUUACGGGAUAGCAUUGGCUAAUGUUGUUUCUUCUUUGGUGUCUUUUCUGCCUUUCUUUGUCUCUAUAAGGUCUUUGCCUGUUCUUACCGCUUUGACUGUCUUUUCAUCACUGGUGACUGCUUUCAUCAUCUACUUAGCUACAUUAAGUCCUGAUCUUAUCUUCAAUUCCCGUCCAGUAGGAAGUGUUCUUUCGAUAUGUAGUGCCGUUGUUGCCUCGGGUACGCACUCAUAUCUCCGUGUGGUUUUCGCUUCAUUGCUCAGAGAAAGCGAACAAAGUGAGAACAGAUUGUUCUGGUGUGGUGUAUUCAUUCAGGUCGGUUCCUUCAUGGGCUCAGCAGUAAUGUUCCCGCUCGUCAAUAUUGUAAAGGUUUUCACUACACUUCUGAAGUGCAAUGAGCAGGCCACUGUGGUUGCAAUCGGAGUGGAGUCGGUAACGCGCUACCGAACCAUGAAGUGUCGAAUGUUCGAUUCCUUCUUCAGUCCUGCUCUCUGUCUAUGUCGCCCGAUCAUGCGUGAAUGCGAAGUCUGGAUUUUCAGUUGGAAAAAUUCAAGAAUUGCUUCAAACAUUUACGAUGCUUUUUUCGUCUUAAAUCUCGUCGCUAAUUUCUAUUCCUCGUAA